AUGAAGUUAACGGAAGAAUCUAUUCUCAACAUGGCGGUGAGUACACCAAGGUCCGGUAGUACACCGAUUCAUCCUUCAGGGUCGUGCGAAGACCAAAACUGCGCUACUCCCGAGAGGAAAUUAAGCGCCGGACUGUGGAAUUCUCGUCCACAUUCGCACCAAAGUAGCUCUGCGAGCGACGCCGAAUCCUCCGAGCUGGUGUAUUUCGCCAAUCGAGGCCGUAGUCCGCUUAUGCCAAUGCUACCGGACUCACCACCAAAUCUGCCCAAGCUAGCAUUGCCCUUCCGGUUGAGACCUACUUCUCAGCGGGUCGCGGCACACCUACACACGAGGCGGCCAAGGAUUCUUCCAGAAAGGAACACGAUUGCGUUUAUCCCUAUUGAGGAUUAUUCCGAAGAAGACGAUUCCUGGCCUGGUGCGCCACGAGUGGACGGAUGCCCCGAUCGGCGGGUGGGGCUUCUCGCACCUCGCCCUCGUCUCCGGUCCCUACCGACCUUGCGGGACGCCAAGCGCGCCAAGUCUGUGUGA